AUGAAAGAUGGUUGCAUAGCAACUACGAAAAUUUGUCUUAAUGAUGACGAUGAGGACGAAAAAGAGGAUGAAGACGCGGAAGAUGAGGAGACAGAAGACGUCGACGAAAAAGAUAAUGAGGUUGAAGACCGCAAGCUAGAAUCCUUUGUCAUCGAGACACAUCUCUAUAUCGCCACUGCUAUCGAUGAAAGAGCUGUAGCUGAAGCUGAUCUUGAGAAUCCAACGGUUAGAGAAGCUACCAAAGAGCCAGGAGAUGUUGAGAAGCCUCCACAAGACCUCGAGAAGAUUCCAAUUGACAUCGAAAAAAUUCGGAAAACUCCAGAAGCUCCAAAAGACGGUUUCGAUAAAAAUAAUGUACCCACUACAGCUGAAGCUCUGCCUCCAGAAGCCCUGAUCACUCCAGUUGAAGCUCCAAAGGGGUUAGAAUCAUCAAAAUCUCACAGAAAUGGUCAAGAAUUAUCGAAAACAGCUUCAGAACCCUCGAAAUCGGCUCCAAGAAAUCCUCAGCCCACAAUCGUGACACGAAGAUCAUCUCAAACUCUCUCCGAACAUCAAAAAAUACAGGAGCGACAGCUCCGCCCAUUUCUGAAAUGGUUCCAACGGAGAAAUGAAAAUCAAAGUUCAACUCCACCAAGCUCUCGAUCUAAAAGUGUCUGUGAACGUGUUGAAACGUCCAAUGGUCGAGAACGGAAUCAUUCUUGGAGCCUCCAUCCCACUGACGCCUUCAGACUCCCUCGACGUGAUGAUGGAAAUCUUGAGAGAGACGUCUGCUGCUGGGUGGUACUCUACAGACAACAAAUCGACGGGAAUCUGACGCCAUUGAUGAAUACGGAGGAGCAGAGCUUCUUGAAAGUCAGCGUCUCAGUGAGCGACAACGAUCAGAUGUUGCUGAUUUUGUUUAUUCGCACCAUCCAUCACCGACACCACGAAGCUUCCAUUCAAAAUCUGACGUCUUCAGAUCGAUACGCCAGCGAAGAAACGAGCGGUCCACCGUUGACAUCGAAACGGCUUCAGGAUCUUCAAAAUUGGCUUUGCCCACAAUCGUGGCAAGAAGAUCAUCUUGAACUCUCUCCGAAGCAGCACGAGAGCAUCGAAAACCAAUUUAGAAGUCACUGCCUCGUCGUCAGAAGCAUCUAA